UUUCCAAAUUGGCCGUUUAAUAGAGGUUGGUCGCUGAAUAGAGGGUUCCAUAGAUUCAUAUCUCAUUUACCUUAUUUGUUCAAUGUAGGAAAAAGUGUACGUAGUUUAGAGAAGCUUUCCGAUAAAGAUUCGAUUGACUUGGAACCAUUGGACAUUGUUAAGGAACAACCGACCGAACUGAGAAAACAACACUCCAUAAGCCCUGCCUCUGAGAGCAGUUUCGACUUUUCCAAUGACAACUCGAAGCUUGUGAAGCCGUCCUCUGAGCCGAAGGUUAAGAUCAAGAUUCCAAAAUUGAAGUUCUUGUUUCCCUGGUGGUKCGUGUAUGUAGGUUGGUUUCUUUGUUUUUUCACAUCAACAGUCUCAGCGUUUUUCGUGAUUCUUUACGGCAGCCAAAUGGAAAUCAAAAAACAACAACAGUGGUUAGUUUCAAUGUUCAUCUCUAUCGCCCAAGACAUCUUUAUCUCUCAACCACUAAAAGUGCUCGGUUUUGCUAUGUUCUUUGCGCUUAUAUGGAAGAAACCAGAAAAAGAAGACGAUACUCUUACAGCUGAGCUCGCAAAAGAUGAAGAGUGGCUCAAAGAAAACGUUGGUGGCAGGCGGCGUAACGCUCUAAUUGCGCAUCGUCCAAAAUACUUGCCACCAGAUGAGAUCAUGCUUAAGAAAGCGCGUAUCCGUCGAUUUAAAGAGCGUAAGAUGUUUUCUGUUAUACGGGAAAUCGCCUUGUACGCCAUGUUCGUCUGGGUGGUCCUCGUCGUCGCGUAUGGACACAGGGAUCCCAAUUCAGAAGUUUUGAACCAAGGAAUUGAAAAUAUGCUGACGGGCAAAGGAAAYAGUUGGCUAGUGGAUUAUACAAGGAAGAAAUCGAAAAAUGAAACGUUAAGGAAGUUUCUCAAGGUCAGCGGUGUGGAUAAGUAUUGGAACUGGACGAGAGCUAUUCUUCUCCCWUCGCUGUAUAAUGGACCGUGGUAUAACGGAGAGAAAGACAACCCUGGUUUUAUGGCAGACAGAUCAUCAUGGGUCGUGGGCGUGGCAAGGAUUCGACAGUUACGUGUCAAAACAGAUWCMUGUGAAGUGUCCAAAGUUUUCCARGGYUCACUKAGGGARUGYAAUGAGCCAUAUUCAUGGACAAGCGAAGAUACAACUAAUCAGUUUCGUCCAGGUUGGCUACGAGCUUUACCUAACUACACUACACCCAACCAAGCCUGGAUGUAUCGAACUGGUACUGCUCUUAAGUCACUACCUUUUCUAGGUCGCCUGGCCUUCUAUAGUGGCGGGGGCUAUGCAGAAGACCUGGGGCCUACUUUAGAAGUUACCAAGAAAAAAAUWGAAGAGAUGGAGGCUAAUAACUGGAUUGAUAAGCUAACUCGUGCUGUCUUUGUGGARGUGACUAUUUAUAAUUCCAAUACUAAUCUUUAUUGCGUGAUCUUCUUGGUUCUGGAAGUUUCGGCCAGUGGAGGAACAUUUCCGUUCGUUGAACUUCUCAUCACUCGAAUUGAUCGCUACGCGGGGAAUUUCAUGAUAUUCGUYCUUAUCUUCGAGUUGGCCUUCGUYRUGUUCGUCUUAUUCUUCACGUAUAAGCUGUUCAAGGGCGCUCUUAAAAUAGGACCAAGGUAUUACUUUAAGAGGUAUUGGAGUUGGGUGGAACUAGGUUUAGUCAGUCUCUGUUGGACGUCAAUUGCUCUAUAUUUUGUACGAUUUGGGAUCAACACUAUGACUCAGACGAAUUAUCGCAAGACACCGAAUGAGUUCGUGAACUUCCACCAUCUUGCCGUCAGUGAUCAGCUGUUUGGGUACGUCUAUGCCUUCGUGGUUUUUCUUGUGUCUUUGAAGUUCUUGCGUCUUUUUCGGUUUAAUCGAAGGAUGUCUCUAUUGGCGUCGACGUUGCACAACGCUUCUAAAGAACUKUGGUGCUUUAGCUUGGUGUUUGGAAUCGUAUUCAUGGCUUUUGUUCAUUUUUGUUACAUGGUGUUUUCCAAUGACCUCUACAUGUUUCACACAGUAAUGUCCUCAGCAGAAACUCUGAUUAGCGUCAUGUUAGGAAAGUUCAGUUAUGAACGUCURCUCCAAACCAACCGUAUCCUCGCACCGUUGAUGUUCUUCUUCUACAGYUUAAUCGUCGUGUUUGUCCUCAUCAACAUGUUUAUUUCCAUAAUUAUCGAGAACUUUCAAGUUGUGAAGCGAAACAACGACCUGCAGUCCAACGAGUACGAAAUCGUCGACUUCAUGAUGGAUCAGUUCAAGAUUUGGCUCGGCUGGAGCUCGUGGGGAGUGAUUUUCUCCAAGAACAAAGUCAGUUCAUAUCCAAUGGGCAAGCCCAAGUAUAAGAAACCCAAAAGAGAAACAGAGACGGACAAAUUGAAUGAUCGCAUCGAUCGUCUUAUCGAAUUAAUACAAGAAGUUUAUUUUGACGAGCCUGAUUUUCUUGCCAAUGACGCAGGGGAAGUAAC